GGCGAUGGUAAUUGUUCGAUCAUCUGGUUUUGACAAUUUGACAUUACUUGUAACCGUUUUAACAUGAUUACUUUGUCUCAAAAAGAAAAAUAAUUAAAGUGAAAAAAUUCGAAAGAUCUUUUAGCUAUCGCCUAACAUUGUACGGAGAAUUAUAUAAAUAUGGAAGAAAUUACUUUACAAAUUCGUGAUCAAGUAUUCCAAGUAAAAAAAUCCGUUUUGUGUGAAUAUAGCGAUUAUUUUCGUGCAAUGUUUAGUGGAAAUUAUGUAGAAAAUAAACAAAAACAAAUAUGUAUCGAUAUGUUAGAUCCCAACACAAUUAAUAUUAUUCUUCAGUACAUGCAAAUUGGUUUGAUAGAUCUUAAUAAAUAUCCUUUAUCGACAAUUAGAGAAAUCUUAGUUGCAGCAACUUUCUUACAAAUAACAAAGUUAAUUAGGCAGAUUGAAUACACUUUGGACAUUGGAACAUGUAAAUCAAAUUGGAUGGAGACAAUGGCCAUUGCUGAAAUGUCCUGUUUACCAAAACUGGAGAGUCAUUCUAUGGCUUAUGGACUAUUUGCUUUUAAAUCCAUGAAGCCAGAAUAUAUUCCGACAAUACACAAACUCACUUGGUACUUAUCCCAUCCUUAUUUAGACACACAAAGUGAAUUAGAAGUUUUUAAUUUUGGCCUUGACUGGAUAUUCCACUCCGAAACUGGAGCUGAUGCACUACUCAUUAUUCUUGGUUGUUUAGACAUGAAAAAAGUUACAACUGAUGACUUGGAGGAAAUAAAAAAGUGUAUGAAAGAAUUUGAAAACAGUUUAGCGGCUAAAGUUGUCAAUUUACUAUAUGAUUUGUCUAUUAAUAAGCUUGAUUUAUCGGAAACAAUAUUAAACAAAAAGAAAAGUGAACUAUGUGAAAAGUUUACACAACGAGUUUGGAUUGAAACUUUAAAUAUAAUAAAAGAUAGUAAGGAACGAUGUUUGCAGUACACCCCAGUUAUACCUUUAUGGCUUCUUAAAGAUGGAAAACCAGAAUUACUACCACAUUCCAUGUAUACUUAUUGUCAAGGUAGAGGUUUUGAAAAAUGGUUGGAAGUUGCUGACAAAAAUUUAUGGGGCUGGAGUGUUGUGGCUUGGGGCUUAACGAAACUGGUAAUAGUAUGUGGUGAGCAUGGUAGAGGCACAGGUUUGUUUAAUAGAGAUGUUAGGGUGUAUGACACACUCAAGAAAGUAUGGACCAGGCAUGGUGUAACCUUACCGCAGAGGAGACAUGCAGGCCUAGCUGUAAUUGGAGACUCUCUUUAUAUUGUCGGAGGUGUGGGUGGGUUUAGGGUAGUGUUAGACGCAGCAAUGAUAUAUGAUUUAAAACGAAGAGUACAUAGAAAAAUUGCACCAAUGCCUGAUUCUUUACAAAAUCCUGCACUAUGCUCAUAUAACAACAAGGUAUAUGCUGCCGGACAGAAAAGUAUAUUUUGUCACGAAGAUACAGGCGCCUCAAACUAUUGGAAGAAAGUUGUGGACACAGAAAUGAGGAUGAGUUGUAUCAGACCAUGUAAAGAAUACAUUUAUUGUAUACAAGGUUAUUUCAGUAACUUAUACAGGUUCAUGCCGGGUGUGGAGAAGAACUUACAACUGAUUACCUAUUUCUCCAGUCUUCCAGCAACCAUAUGCAAUUUAGGUGAGAUGCUUUAUAUAUUUACAUGGACCAUUUGUGGUCAAUGUGACGUUUUAACAGUAGAAGAAUAUAAAGGCAAGCGUACAAUCGAAAAACCUAAGGUCCUAUUUACACAGUCCGACAAUUGUAUGAGGGUUAAUGAUGUAGCGGGAUCUUGUUCAUUAGUUAUGUCAGUCCCACCAUCUUAUAAGGAGCAUUCAAAAUAUCAUAAGCGUUACUUAGCAAGAUAUCCUAAUCCUGUAUGAAUAUAAUAAUUACAGGAAUAAAUGGUUUUUAAUCAUU